GCAGGCAGACGGCCCAGGUAGCAGUGCUUACGCGGCGAUACUGGGACCGCAGGCGUGCGUGCCAGCCGCUGGCACGCUUGCUACCGCACGUUUGAAGCCAUCGCAACGACGCCGUAAGCAGUAAGGCAACCAUGAGGACGCUGGCCGCCGUGCUGGCGCUGCCUCUCGCCGGGUCGCUCGUGCCGCGCGCGGCGCCGCUGCGACGACGGAGCGCCGCCCGCGCUUCUACAACCAUGUUGGUGGGAGCGCCGGCGCCGAGCGACGCCUUCGCGAAGGUCGCCAGCGACGCCGGCGCCGCCGCCUCGUUUUUCGCAAACAGCGGCCCCAAAGUGGGCGAGCUCACGUCGAAGACCGCUGUUGCUGGUGCCGCGUUAUUAGCCGGUGCUUUAGCGCCGGGCGGCGUCGUCGUCGGCGGCGCCGCGGCUUUAUUGGGUGGCGGCCUCACGCGCGUCGGCAUAGCCCCGGCCUUGGUCGAGGGCCGCUACAAGGCCAUGCAGGCGCGCGUCGCGUCGUUACUGAGGGAUGCGGCGCAGAAGGGCGACUGGACGACCGUGUCCUCGGGCCAGGUCCAAUCUAUUGUUGAAGAAUUUUCUCUCCCGGAGCAGUACGCGACCGCGCUACUCCAGCAGAUCUACGCCAAGUACCUGGUGGAAGUCAUGCGCAUGCCCGACGUCAAGACGGCGGAGAUGAACGACCUGACGUCUCUCAGGAACAUUCUUAAUCUCUCGGCAGAGUCGGUGGGCAAUGCCCACUACGACGUGGCCGUCGAGGUCUACAGAGAAUUGCAGUGGACCUCUGACGAGGUGUUAGCCGACGAGUCCUCGGCAGAAUAUAGGACCAUCUCCAAGUUAUUGUUUUUAUCUGAUCGCGCGUUCGCGACGUCCGACGGCAAGGACAGCGAGGAGUACGGGUAUGAAGUUGGAAGGGUCAGAGCCGUCUUCGACCUCAAAAGAUCGACGCUAGACUCUAGAUGUUCGUCGGUGGCCGCUCCUUUUUAUGAGAGAGCGUUAGCUGGCACCCUCGAGAAGCUCGGGUCUGUAGAUGCGGCCAUGCUCGAAAGAGCCCGCUCCAAACUAGGCGUCGACGACGAGGACGCGGCGAAGAUGCACUCCCAGUGUUUGAACGAGGAGAUCGACUUGCUGUUGAAGGAUGGCGAAUUGACUGAUUCCGAUGCCGAGCGGCUCGAUCAGCUAGCAUCGGUCCUGGGCAUCUCCAACGAGGACGCGUCGCAAGCCAUCGCGGCGAAGACCGUGCCCAUCUACGUGGACGCGACGCGCAAGGCGGUCGACAACGCCAUUGCUGCUGACGAAGCUGCGCAAAAGGCGCUCGGUGCCGACGCGGCGUCUUCACUGGAACUUCAACGUGACGCGGUCGCGGCGAUGGCGUCCUCGCGAUAGCGCGUCGCGUCGAUGGCGUCUUCAUGAGCACACGAGAGUCUACGGGUCUCGUGACGGCGUCCGUGCCACACAGGCGAUGAAUUGGAGACAUUGAGGAAGAAGUUACGAUUGGAGGACGCCACCGCGGAAGGCGUCUUCAAGGACGCCGUCAAGGGCGUUUUACAAGCUCCUUACACCGCGGCGUCGUCCGCGCUCAAGCUCCAGAACACUCCUGGUGCGUUGGCUUCUCUCGAAAGAUUGAUGGACGUGCGACGAGGUGUGGAUAUAGUAGUAGCGAACGCCAAGUUCCUCGAAUCGUCAGGAGGCGCCGAGGCCUUCGCCGAAACUCUGGCCGGUGGCGGCAAGUCCCUACCGCUGUCGCUCUACAAGCUUGUGUACGUGGAGAAGUGCGAGGAUAGUGAUGCCCAAGAGGAAUUAUCCAACUUAGCUGCCACUCUCUCGUUGACGGACGCCGACACGAAGAUGGUGCGCGAAGGCGUGUUGGCACCGAAACUCGACCUGAAGCUCGCCGAAGCGCUCAGAAGCAACGACCUGUCGGAUCUGAAGGACUGGAUCUCUUCCGUGGACUGCCCCGAGAAUUUAGUGAAGGACAAGUAUGUGAGAGCCUACACUGAUAAGUUACGAAUGAGCGAAGCGAUCCCCUCGCCCGAGCGGACGGAGGAGCUCGCUCGCUUACAAGCAUCGCUCGAAUUAACAGAUGACGACGUCUAUCCUGCCCAACUCGACCAGUACCUCCCGCUCUACAGGAAAAGCGCCCUGGAGGCGAUGGGCGCCAGUGGCGGCGGCAUCGUUAAUGAGGAGUACAAGGAGGGUCUGGCGAAGUUGCAGUCUAGGUUGAACCUGAAAGACGACGAUUGUACGAGAGCCUUCACGGAGGCCGCCAAGCAGCGCCUGAAGCCGCUCGUGGACGACACGAUCUCUGCCUUCGAGGAGGCGACGAUGACGCCUGCUGAGUUAGCGAAGAAGCGCGGCGAAUCGACGUCCUCAGAUCAGGGCGAGGACCUCAACCGAGAUGCGAGUGGCGGCGGCACCUUCGGCAUCGCGGCCGAGGGCGCCGCGGCCGGUCCCGGCGGGUCCCCUGAAGCGGUCCUGUCCAACUUCGCCGGGGUUCUAGAUUUCAUCGACGGCAACGCCGUGGACAUCAACGCCGGCGACCUGGUGCCCGGGAAUCUCAAGAAGGACAUCUUCAAGCAGUGUGUUUUGGCCGAUCUACAGCUGACUGAUGCUGGUGUGACCGACGCUAAAAAAGAGAGGUACGAGGCGACGAUGGCAAGACUACCGGAGGUCCUGGCGCUGGAGGACAAGGACGUCGCGUCCGCGCGGGCAGAAGUGGGCAAGGCGAUUGCUACGAAGUACUGCGCGGCCGCUUUGCAACAAAAGCUGACGCUCGACGCGCAGGACCAGGCCUUCGUCGCCGAUCUCGGGGAACGAUUGGGUACGGACCUAGGGGAUGUGUCUUUCGGUGCCAAAAAGAAAGCAUUGCUGGCUCGACUAGGUUUGCCACCUUACGAUGGCCCGGAAGGGGCCGAACGAGCCGCGUCGACGCGCGACGCGGCGGUGGCGAUGGGCAUCGACCUAGCUGCGGAUCUCGGACUGCCUGAUAAAACGGUGAAGGCACUCUUUGCGGCCGAGGCCACGAAGGCCAUCGACGAGGGCGACGCCGACUCUGUUGGAGACGUCGCGGACGGCUACGGGUUGUCUGGCGAGGACGCCUCGAAGGCGUUGGCUGACCUCGCUGAAAGCGUAGUACUAGAUUGUGUGGAGAACGCCAAGGCUUCCGCGAUCAUGAAGAAGCCGGUGCGAGCGUGCGAGGACAUGGACCGAUUAUUACUGUACAUCGACUUCACCGACUUAGAAGAGGGCAAGUUGGAAAAAGCAUUCGGCAACAAGAAGCAGGACCUCGUGGACAUGUACGCCGCGUACUGCGACUCGAAGGGGCCGGAGAUCGAGGCGAAGGCCGAGGCGCUGCGGGAGCUCGUCUUCUCCUCCUGAAGUAAAGAGUCCUUUCCCUAGUUGUCUUCUUGUCGCGGCGACGGCGUGCGGCUCACACGGAUCUUGCUGCACGGCAACCCCUUCUCACACACGUGUCUCCGCACGGGUUUUGCACUUCGGAUGAUCGAUUAGCCAUUCGUUGUUAGCGGCACACGUGGACCGCGCGCGCGUGGUUCAGGACCACCGGCGACCUAAUCGCGUCCUUGGGGACCCCGAGCGACAUUCCGGGGCUUGAAGAACCUUCAAUACAGUCACAUCUCUCAGCCAC